AUGUUUAACAAAUUUUAUCUGAAAAGAACAAUUGAAGAAGAAGCCAUCCAUGGUGCUGAUUUUGAGCUUUAUACAAUUCAAAAAGCAAGAGAAUUAAAUUGGUAUACACUCAAGGCAAAUGCUCAAAACUGGAUUGAUAGUAAAACAAUUGUAACAUCAAAACAUUCUUCUCAUCAAAUUUUAAACAGUGAUCACUGUUCAUUUCAACAAGAAUAUGUCCCACCAAGAAUUCUUUCUUUUACUGGUGAACGAAUCAUAGAAGUGGCUGUUCCAAAGAAGCACAACUUAACUCACUCUUAUACAGUACAACCUGUUACAUCAGCUGAUGGUCUAUUAUUAGAAUAA